AUGGUACAGGCUCUUCCGGACGCCGCUUUCAACUACCCCGGCCCCACCGCAGACACCGCGAACGUCUGCACUUGUAGCUCGAUCGCGUACGCACUGUUCAAUGGUCCCAAUGGACGAAGAAUUGCGAAGCGGGGGACAUCCACAACGGCAGCUUCCCGCACGGAAUACCGACUGGAACAGCCAUCCCAGACUGGGCCUUCAUUCCUAUCGACGGAUUCCACCGGGCUUAGACAGUUUUCACAGCUUGAUGAGUUCGAUGGAGUCGGCUCUGAAAGGAUAGGCGAUAAGUUCGAAUCCAUCGGUUCAGUUGCACCAACCGCUGCGGGAUCUACCCCAAGCACUACCGGGGGCAGUGUCACGAGCUUGAGCAGCGGGCCGUCCGCUACGCAGCACGCCAGCACCGGCGCUGGCGUGAUUCCUACGAGCAUUAACAGCGGCGCGCCGGCGAGCAACACCAACGGUCCCGAUUCUCCUGCUGAGACCUCCGGUGCAAGCACUCAGACCCACAGCGCCAACAUUGGGGGUAUUGUGGGUGGAGUGGUGGGCGGUCUUGUAGGCGUCGCGAUGAUCGCCGGCCUGUUAGUCUACUUUCGCCGCAGCCGCAGCCGACGCACAGACGGGACGGGAAAAGGGCAAAUGGUCUACAACUCACCGGAGAACACGGCGUUCAUCCCGCCGAGCGCGCCACCCAGCCCUUACUAUGCAUCUGCUAGAACCGAUCAAGACGCCGCGGCCGCCACGAAGGAGUCGUCGCCGGCGGAGUAUGUUGAAUCGGUAUCGUUCAUCGCUCCGGAGCCAAUCACGGUGGUGGUUCCAGAAAUGCCACCCAUGCGUUUAUACCGGAUGUUCAUGCUCCUGUUACAGGAUCCGGAUGAUCCCACAACAUUCCCGCCGACGCCAGCGCCGCUCUUGGCGCCCAUUCCUCCUAGAACGACCAUGGCGGCGGAGACAUACCCCAACGUGGUGCCAGACCAGACGCACGAAGACGGCGAUCGGGUGGGCACCGUAGGUCCGGUGUAUGGGAGGCGGCCUGUGCCCGAGUUGGUGCUCGCGAUACCCAAACUUAUGCUUGCGAAGACCAGAUAUAUUGAGAGCUCUGUCAUACAAUCGGACACGUAG